CGCUGUCAUAAUCAACUGAAUCUAGAUCCAGGAUCCACACAUCAAAAUAUUCAACUACUGGCUUAGGAGGAUAAUGCGUAUCUGAAAAUCAUGCAUUGUUUUGAUAAAGUUAUCGAUCUGCGUCGUUUAAUUAGGUCACGACAAAUUCUCUAUCAUGCUUCUAGAUCCAAAAGCUAGCAAAGAUCCGCAACAUUUUAAAACAAAAAACAUUCUAGUAGAAUCAGAUCAGUACCAGUUAGGUGUUCAUCGCAUUUCAAUGGUUUUUUGGGUUUGUCAGAGGCCGCUCUACCUUAUCCUUUCAAAGUGUGAAAGGGAAUACCAUAUAGGGUGUUUGAGGGCACAUCAGAUACGCACAAACAACCGCUUAUGGUCCCCAAAUGCUCUGCCCAUUUGCAAGGUUGUGGGAUCUCCUCAAAUUUAUCCUCGGACAAAUCAAAAGAAAGAAUUAGCGGCUUCUGAUAAGCUGACCCAUCAGAAACAACCUAAUGAAGUGCGCCACUAUAAAGGAAAAGUGUACUUCACUUCUCCGAUAACUUCCUAGACGUUGGAAUUUAAUGUAAACUUUAGAAAACUUGUAUGACUACUACCAUUUCUAACCCCUAAUACGACCUUGUAGUCAUCCUUGGACGAAUCAUAACCAAAACCAUAAAUCAUAUAUCCCUCCUGAGGGAUUUGAGAAUUUUCCAGUUUAUUCACUUCUCGGGUUUCAGGAUUGAUAAGUAAAAAAAUUGGUAGGAGAGGGAGAAACGCAUACGAAUAUUUAAAUAUUUGGAUAUUUAAUAUGUAUGAAAAAAAUGUAUGUGUAUGUGUAUGUAUGAAAAUGCUCAUUCAACGGUUGAUGUUGCAACGGGGAAAAUCAAUGCUAAUUUUAGUAGAAGAUAUACCAUUAGAUUUAUGGUAUGCUUG